GUGUGUGUGUGUUUUAGGUGGAUUGGUGACUCUGAAUUGUCCAUAGAUUCUGUAUAUGCACGUAGAUGAAUGAGUGUGUGAUGUUGCCCUGCAAUGGACUGGUGUGCUGUCCAGGGUGUCCCCCCCUGCCUAACACACUAUUCCUCUGGGACAGUCUCCAGACCACUGUGACCCUGCACUGGACAACUAGUUGUUAAAGGAUGGAUGGAGGGAUGGGUGGAUGGAUUGUCCACUGGAGAUUUCCGGUGGACUUCAGCCAAGCCCGACACGAACUACAGUGAGAGACAGUCGAGAACAGGUAAACUCAACGGCAAUAAGAACUAAUGCAACUGUUCGGUUGCCAACGGGGCUGACGAAAAAGGAGUUGGAGUUCCCCCUACGCUUUAUGAGACUUGAUUGACAGGCUCUAUUUGCAGCCUUUGACUUAUUAGCACAAGUGAUGCUGAGAAAGCAGAGUCAGGCUGCUCCUCAAAUCCGCCGUGCAGCAGAAGCUCGGAGAUCAUCGGUUUUUCGGUGCUUCCUGUUGGGCGCGCAGAGUGUGCGCGCAAACAACGAAGAAACAGUUUUGCGUCGGUUUCGGCGAACGGCCUAUAUGUGGUACCGUAGUGUGUUUCAUCUCGGCACCUCGGUCCAACGGCUCUACGGUACAGCAGCCCGAUGAAACGUGUGUGAGGCUGCGUGAGUCACGCAGCCAUGCAGCAGGUCUUGGACAACCUGGGUGACCUGCCCUCCUCCACCGGGGCCAAAGACAUCGACCUUCUGUUCCUCCGCGGCAUCAUGGAGAGCCCCGUCGUGCGCUCGUUGGCCAAGGCUCACGAGACGCUGGAGGACGUGAAGCUGGAGGCCGUGCAGGACAACAACGUGGAGCUGGUGUCGGAGAUCCUCGGCGACAUCAGUAACCUGAGCCGCCGCGACGACAGCGCUGCGGAGUUGUCCAGGAUCCUCAAGGAGCCCCACUUCCAGUCGCUGUUAGAGGCCCACGACAUGGUGGCCUCCAAGUGCUACGAAGCCCCGCCCCCGAGCUCGGAGGUCAACAGUGACGCGGCGGCAAACAGUGCGCUGAUGCAGGCCGACGCCGUACGCAUGAUCGGGAUCCGCAAGAAGGCCGGGGAGCCCCUGGGCGUGACGUUCCGGGUGGAGAAGGACGAGCUGGUCAUCGCCCGGAUCUUGCACGGCGGCAUGAUCGACCGGCAGGGCCUCCUGCAUGUGGGCGACAUCAUCAAGGAGGUGAACGGGCGCGAAGUGGGAAACAACCCCACGGAGCUGCAGGACAUGCUGAAGGAGUGCAGUGGCAGCAUCACGCUCAAGAUCCUGCCCAGCUACAGGGACACGCCGUCCGCUGGAGAGGUGUACGUGCAGGCGCACUUUGACUACAAUCCAGGCAACGACAAUCUGAUCCCCUGUAAGGAGGCGGGGCUCCCCUUCGCCAGGGGCGACGUCCUCCAGAUCGUCAACAGGGAGGACCCCAACUGGUGGCAGGCCUGUCUUGUGGUGGGCGGCACCACCGGACUCAUUCCCAGUCAGUUCCUGGAGGAGAAGAGGAAGGCGUUUGUCCCCAGAGACUGGGAUGGGUCAGGAACACUUUGUGGGACAGUGAGUGGGAAGAAGAAGAAGAAGAUGAUGUACCUGACAGCCAGAAAUGCAGAGUUUGAUCGCCACGAGCUGCAGAUCUACGAGGAGGUGACCAAGGUGCCCCCUUUCCAAAGGAAGACUCUGGUUCUGAUCGGAGCGCAAGGAGUGGGCCGGCGGAGCCUGAAGAACAGGCUCAUUGUGCUGCACCCGAACCGCUUUGGCACCACCGUCCCAUUCACCAGCAGACGCCCUCGGGACGAGGAGCGGGACGGCCAGUCGUACCGCUUUGUGACUCGGACCGAGAUGGAGGUGGACGUCAAGGCCGGACGCUACCUGGAGCACGGAGAGUAUGACGGCAACCUCUACGGAACCAAGAUAGAAUCCAUCCACGAAGUGGUGAAGACGGGCCGGACCUGCAUCCUGGACGUCAAUCCCCAGGCCCUGAAAGUGCUGAAGACGUCCGAGUUCAUGCCGUACGUGGUGUUCAUCGCCGCGCCCGAGCUGGACACGCUGCGCGCCAUGCACAAGGCGGUCGUGGACGCCGGGAUCACCACCAAACUCCUGACGGACAUGGAUCUCAAGAAGACCGUUGAUGAGAGCGCGAGGAUCCAGAGGGCCUAUCGACACUAUUUCGACCUGACGAUUGUCAACGACAACCUGGACCGGGCCUUCGAGAAGCUGCAGGCCACUGUGGAGAAGCUCUGCGCGGAACCGCAGUGGGUGCCGGUCAACUGGGUCUACUGAGCAGAGCCGGCGCGGGCGGGUGUGCGAGCGAGCGAGCGAACGUGCGUCGUCACGCCUGCGUGCGCACGGUGAUGAAAGGCGAAGGCGACUGGGGGGGGAGGGGCCUAACAGGAGCCCUGUCCGUACUGGACUCCACCCGCUGCAUCAGAGGCACAACCCUCCGUGUACAGUACACACAACUUUUUUCUAAGCUGCAAAGGGAAGAGUACCUAUUUAUUUUAAUAUUUACAACUUUUUACAGAGUAUCUUUGUAUUCAACUUGGGAAAUUAAACAAAAGAAACUGUGAAAAUGGUUACAGCAUUUUUUUUUUUUUUUUUUUUUUUUUUUAUUUAUUGUUUGUAUUCUAGUUGUUUCCAGCCAAAGCCAAUAGUUUAUUGAUACAACUAAACGUACUGGACAGGUAUUUGUUGGGAAAGGUCUGACCCCGACUGCUUUUUCCAGAAGAAGGCUACGGCCCGGCCGGGUCGCGGCGCCACCUCACCGGAGCAUCUGCGGCUUAGUACGCUCUCUGCUCUACGCGAAUCUGUCUCCGUCCCUGUGGUCCGCCUCUCCGCCCCGUCCUCGUCUCUGCGCCAUUCUUCUACAAGCCAUGUUUGAUCUCUCACCUUUAUUUAAAAAAAAAAAAAAUACUUUAACAGUAGACUGCAGUGAUGUACAGCUCAUCAUUUCGAGGGGGGGGGGACCUGUAUUGUAAACCCCUCUAUCUGUUGCUUGUUGUAUCUUUGAUCGGUCGCCUCCUGCUUUAAACUGCUUUUAGGUUUCUCGUGCUUAUUUUUUGUGGCCGCGGGUUCAACUUGAGGUCCAGGUGUACGUGUGCGAGUCCGCUUUGGGUUUUCCGUUUCUCCGGAGCGGCGUCCUCUCCCGGGGGCUCGGCGCGCUCCACGUUGUGUGUAAUGCCUCAUCUGUCAGUGUGAUGCUGUGCUUCCUGUACGUGUUAAAGGCCGACGCGGAACGCUUCCCGCGGAGCGUCCGCCGACGAUCCCCGCCCCGACUUGUUGUCAUCAUCCUCAAUAAACGUGUGAUAUUUGUCUGUUUUUACUGAAAGGCCGUCCCACCUCCUCCGGACCUCUUUUGCAGCGACUGGGCCUGUAUUUGCAAAUGGCAUUUUCAGUAACUGUGAAAUAAAGGAAGUGGGAGUUG